AUGAAAAAUACUUUGAGUUUAACGUUAUGUGUUAUAUCACUUUUAUUGACCCUUUUUCUUGCGGCCCUGGAUAUUGUUAUAGUGGUUACUUUAUAUGAUACUAUUGGCAUUAAGUUUCAUGACUUUGGGAAUAUUGGUUGGUUAGUCACUGGAUAUGCUCUUUCUAAUGCUGUUUUCAUGUUAUUAUGGGGCCGCUUGGCCGAAAUACUUGGUACCAAGGAGUGCUUAAUGAUUUCUGUUAUUAUAUUUGAAAUAGGGUCUUUAAUUUCUGCUCUUUCGAAUUCAAUGGCGACUCUGAUUAGCGGAAGAAUUGUUGCCGGGUUUGGAGGAAGUGGAAUUGAAUCACUUGCUUUUGUAGUUGGAACGUCCAUUGUCCGAGAAAACCACAGAGGAAUUAUGAUAACAGCACUCGCUAUAUCGUAUGUCAUUGCAGAAGGAGUCGGGCCUUUUAUUGGCGGUGCAUUCAAUGAACAUUUGUCUUGGAGAUGGUGCUUUUAUAUAAAUCUUCCAAUCGGUGCGUUUGCGUUCAUAAUAUUGGCAUUUUGUAAUACAUCUGGGGAACCACAUCAAAAAAUGUGGCUACCAUCAAAAAUCAAAAAAAUUAUGAACUAUAACUAUGGCGAAUUGUUGAAAGUAAGUUUUUGGAAGAAUACAUUCGAAGUACUUGUAUUUAAACUAGACAUGAUUGGAAUUAUUUUAUCUUCAGCAGGUUUUACGCUACUGAUGUUAGGUCUUUCAUUUGGUGGAAACAAUUUCCCAUGGAAUUCGAGUAUCAUUAUUUCCUUUUUUACCGUGGGUCCGAUCUUAUUGUUAUUAUUUUGUGUUUACGACUUUCAUUUUCUGCCAUUAUUGGGGCUUCACUACGACGACAAGCGGACCAAACCGUUACUGACAUGGAAUAUUGCGUCAAAUUGUGGCAUAUUUACAAGUUCUAUAACAGGUUUCCUUUCUUGCUUUGCUUAUGAAUUACAGUCUGCUUAUUUGGUCCAGCUUUAUCAACUAGUAUUUAAAAAAAAACCUACAUUAGCAAGUAUACAUCUUUGGGAGCUAUCAAUUCCAGCCAUGCUUGCAACUAUGGCCAUAGCAUACCUGAACGCAAAAUAUGGGAUCAUCAAACCAGCAAUUGUUUUUGGUGUGCUUUGCGGGAUCGUUGGAUCGGGAUUAUUUACGCUAAUCAAUGGUGAGCUCUCUCAGUCAAUUGGUUAUUCCAUUCUACCAGGAAUUGCUUUUGGUAGUAUCUUCCAGGCAACGUUAUUGAGCUCUCAGGUGCAGAUAACGUCAGAUGACCCAGACUUUCAAAACAAGUUUAUUGAAGUCACAGCUUUCAACUCGUUUGCCAAAUCCUUGGGUUUUGCAUUUGGAGGAAAUAUGGGAGCAAUGAUAUUUACUGCAUCACUCAAAAACCAGAUGCGCUCUUCUCACUUAAAUCUACCACAAUUUACAUCUGUAGAAACACUUUUAGCGUAUAGCACAGAACAUUAUGGUGGCCCCCAAUCUUUACUAUCAAAGUUUAUAAACACAGCUAUCCAUGACGUUUUUUACUGCGCCUUAGGGUGCUAUGGUCUUUCAUUCUUCUUUGGAAUAUUUACUUCGAGUAAGAAAACAACAAUAUCAGCCAAAAAGCAACAAUGA